CUGAACUAUCAUAGCUCGAACAAAGGCAUGGCGUUUGCAAUUUCCAGCCCAAAUUUCUUCACUGCUUCUUCAGUUUCACUGCUACUUACGUCGGCCAGAACAGGGACUAAUUCAUGGCGACUCGACACGCAUUUAAGCUCACAGGUUGUUUGCCGGUCACAAAGUGAGGGCGGUGGUCGCCGUGUUUGGCGUCGGAGAAAAUUGGCGAAGAAGGAUGAAAUGUUGCAGUACAAGAUGGAGCGGAUUCCGUUCCUGGAGGAGCAGGUUAGGAAGAUAAGGGAUGGAGGAAAGCUGUUGACGAUGGACAUCGAGAGGCUGUUGCUAUCCGAGGACAACCGUUUCGAUUUUGUGAAUGAUGUAGCGGCUGAGGCCAAAGAAUACGUCGAGAGUAACCGGGAUGAAUACGGGGGCUCAAAGAAAGCUAUACUUCAUGUGCUUAGUAACCGUGUCAAUGAUUCCGGGUUCUACCGCCCGGAGGCAUAUGCCGAAUCUGACACUUUCAAGCCCGCAGGUUAUCUGAAGGAAGAAUUCACCUGAAGUUUUUAAGAAGGUAACAUUUUACAUACAUAUGCAUAUACAAACUAUUAAAGGCUGAAUGACAGUGUACGUUAAAUUCAAGACUUAUUGAUGAUUGUAUUAAUCAGCUGGCUAAGCUUCAGAUUCAUAAUUUCUCUUUCUUUUUUGUUUUAA